AUGACGGCGGAAGGGUUCGCGGCGAGGCUGCCUCCAUGGAUUUCGUUUUCCCCUGCAACCGCCGGCGAGCACGAAGGAGCAGCAUUCGCCAUACCAUGCCACCUUGAUGCCCAUCACGCCGCGAUGGGUUUUUUGGGUGCCGCUGCCUCACUCAGCGCCCCGGAGACCGCUCGAGGCGUCGGCUGCGGAGGUAGCGGGAGGGACGCUCGCACACGUGCGUCGCUUUGGUCGCCGCUCCCAUCAUCCACGCCGCUACGAGAAGGAGGAGGAAGAGGAGGAGGAGAAACCACGACGCAAGUUAGUUUUUCCUUCAUUGCUCUGGCGCGUGGACGUCGUCGCCGGCAACCCUGUUGGGACAGCUAUCCCCCCUCCCCCUCUACGGCGACCGACGCAUCGCUUCUUCUCCCCUGCGUGGCACGGAAUUCAACGAUGACGCAGAUUGCUUCCGCGGUGUUUGUUCUUUUUGUUUUGUGUGCCGUCCCUCACCGCUGGGUGCAGAAGCGUUAUCGUCCCCGGCGGACGUUCCGCUUGCGAACCUGUUACUGGGCCACCCGUCGUGGGCUCCGUGCGGGGGCUGGAAACGGGCGCAUGCCCUCUUCCAAGACGCCUCUGCGCCUCUCAGUUGCAGAGCCGCCACUUCCGCGGUUGGAUAUCCGUGGGGCCAGGCGCAGCACCACUACUCACACCGCCGCCCAGCAGGAAACGGAUGCUCAUUUCACGAGUGACUGA